AUAAAGGUUGGUGCGAAAGCGUUGACUACAUGGCUUGGACCGAAGGGAAAGAAUUUGAUAUCGGAGACAAACUUGUGUUCAAAUAUCCAAAAGGAAAGCACAAUGUAUUUAGAGUAGGCGAACAGGCGUGGAACGAAUGUAUAAUACCUCCCGAGAACGAGGCUUUGGCUACCGGAAACGAUGAGGUGACCUUAGAUACGGCUGGAGGAGUUGGGUUUAUUUCUGGUGUUGGACAAGAUUGUAAGAAUGGGAUGAGGCUUUUGGUCAAUGUCAUAUGCCCAUAUGCAAAACCCAAACAACCAGUACAGGGAGCAAGAAAGCUAGUUGAAAAACAUUAAGAUCCGAUCCA